ACCCGCUCCCAGUUCCCGCCCUCCUUCCGUGCCCGAGUACACCUUUAACGCAUGCGUCGUGUGGAAGGUGGGCACUUCCGCCGCCCACUCCGGAACCGUCUGUUCUAGCGGGGGUUUCCGCGGAGACAAAUAAAGCCGUCAGCGCGGAAGUAGCGUGGGCCGGGUCAGGCGCAGUCAUGUCGGCCGCGUUGCUGCGAAGGGGUCUCGAGCUGCUGGCGGAAUCCGAGGCCUCCCGGGCCGCGCCAAGCCAGGCCAAGCCGAGCGGAGCUCGGCUGAAGCGGACUCGGAAGGCGAAGGCGAGCCAGGCCCAGAAACUGCGAAACUCAGCCAAGGGAAAGGUGCCCAAAUCGGCGCUGGCUGAGUACCAGAAGCGAGAGUGUCACAACCACCUCAGAACAAACCUGAAGUUUAUGACCAGCAAGAGAAGCACGGUAGAGGAGUCUGUGACCCAACAGAUUCUGCGCCAAAACCGGGGCCGCAAGGCCUGUGACCAGCCUGUGGCCAAGACUAAGAAGAAGAAGGUAGCCGAGGGUACUGUGUUCACUGAGGAAGACUUCCAGAAGUUCCAACAAGAAUACUUUGGCAGCUAGGCUUCCUGGAGGGACCCAUGGGAGAGGCACUUGGGCCCAUCUUCCUAGGACUUCCCUGCCUCUGCUGGCCUUGGGACUCAGCCAAGCCAGGCACAGCCAGCAGAUGGCGAUGCACACCAGCCUGUUUCAAGGAAGCCCCACAGCGGGAAGCACUGGAAGACAGGAAUGGAGCUAAUGAGCUAGAAGCUUAGAAGCCUUGGAGCAGAUUUAUACUCAAACUGGAGCUGAUCUUUCAGGCUUGGUUGUUGAAAGAGUCAUGAGGGGCCAUUUGCACCUGCCAGAAAAGAACACUUCUUUUUGCUUUGCCCAGGUAAGGCCUCUGGGCUGUUUGUCGGUAAUGGGCCCUUAGGGAUUACACUCCAGGAACAUGAAGGUGGCUGCUGGAUGGGCUUCUGGGCCCUAAUAAACAUGGACCUGAGCUAUGUGCUACUGAUCUUUUAUGGGGUGUCUUCCAUCUCCUCUGGAACUCCCCCGCUGCAUGAUCUAGGAGCUCCAUGUCAGAAUUCUUCCAGUCCAGGCCUAGGGCAGAUGGCCAUCCAGGGAGCUGUUUGCCCAGCUCCUCCCUAGGUGUGUGCUGCUGUUACUUUUGAGGCAAAAAUAACAUCUGCAGCUGCUGGGAGCUUUGUUCCAGGCAAGAAGGCAAGUCUGGGAAGGACAGAAGUGCAGCUGCCUCAGCUACCCGCAGGAGGCUGGGCUCUGCUGUGGGCACCAGUAGGUGGUUUCUGCCAAUUCCCCCACAGCACCCAGGUUUCCUGCUCUGGUAUGAAGCCCACUGGAUCCUUCCUGUGUCACAAAGAGUAAGGCAGUUUCCCAGCAUUGGGAGUAGUCCAGAAGAAGCAGUGUCUCACUCUGAUCUGCCUGAGCAGUUUGUACUUGAGCCAUACCACCACAGGAGGGCAGACUUGGGCCCUUUCCAGCAGGCAGUGACAGGACAGGUAAGGGAUAGGUAAUGUGUGGAAUGAAUGGUGCAACUUAGGAGUCCCUUCAGAGGCACACAGUGGCCCCAUGGAGGAUUAGGGGCCUCUAACAACCACCCCUCCCCUAACCUGAGAACUCCCAAGGUUUCUGUGGAUCCUUUGAGGUUGGGUAGGUCAGAGGUGGGAAUGACAAUCUGCCAACACAUUGGCAGGCCCCCUGAAGAAAGCAGCAGAGGGCUGGAGCUGUAGCUCAGUGGCAGAGAACUUGCCAUCCUUAACACCACAUUUAAAAAUUAAAAGCAGGGCAUGGGUUGUGGCUCAGAGGUACAGUGCUUGCCUUGCAGUGUAAGGCCCCCGAGUUAAACAUUGUAUCCCUCUACAACUUUUUUUAAAUAAAAAUUUUAAAAAGCA